AGGGAGGGCUGCACACACGCACACACUCACACACACAGUUGGAAUAGAUGUAACAGAAAAAACGUGGGUCAGAAUGGAGUGAAGGUUCUUGAGGGGAGAAGUGAGCGGAGCUCCUGUCUCUGGACAAGAUUUUGCACAUCUGCGUUUCCUGCGUUGUCCCAUUCCUCACUCCAUCAUGUCGCUGCUGACUCAUGUGCUGGCGUGCCUGUUCGGCAUGGGCUCCUGGGUAGCCAUCAACGGGAUGUGGGUGGAGCUGCCCCUGAUCGUACCGGGCAUCCCAGAGGGCUGGUACCUCCCCUCCUAUCUCACGGUCCUCAUCCAGAUGGCCAACAUCGGCCCGCUCUUCAUCACGCUGAUGCACCGCUUCCGGCCCGGGGCGCUGGACGAGCGGCCGGUCAUCUAUUUCAUCGUGGUGCUGGGAAUCGUGGCCACGUUCCUGCUGGUCUUCUUCUGGAGGCAUGAAGUGGUGGUGGCCGGCUCUAACCACAGCGUGCCCCUCCUGGUUUUAAGCUUCCUUCUGUCUGUGGUUGACUGCACAUCAUCCGUCACCUUCCUGCCUUUCAUGAUGCGCCUGCAUCCACAAUACCUCACGACAUAUUUUGCAGGCGAAGGCCUCAGCGGUUUGGUACCUGCCCUGGUGGCUUUGAUUCAGGGAGUCGGGGUUGUCCGCUGUGAAAACGCCACUAUGUCUGGAAACACAUCUGUGUAUAAUUCCAGUAUCUCUGGCAGUGGUGAGCUACAAGCCGUCUACCAGCCAUCCAGGUUCUCCGUCGAGGUUUUCUUCGUAUUCCUCACCGUCAUGAUGGUUGUGUGCCUGCUGGCCUUCAUCGCACUUAACCACCACCCAGCGGUGGCUAGAGAGAGGAAGAGCGACCGCUACUUCAAUGGGGACCUGGAACGUGAGAAGAGGGAACAGGGUUUGUCCCUGCGUGUCCAGACAAUAGAGCAGAAGCCAAUGCUCGGCCCAAGUGAGGCCGGCAUUAAAGAACCCAGGAGCUCUUUCGGGAAAGGCACGUACAGCACCUUGGAGGUGGCGUUCAUCUUUGUCGUGCUAGCUUGGGUCAAUGCUCUGACGAAUGCAGUGCUGCCUUCGGUGCAGUCCUACUCGUGUCUGCCUUAUGGGAACAAGGCGUACCACCUGGCUGCCACCAUGGCUGCUGUUUCCAACCCUGUGGCCUGCUUCAUCGCCAUGUUUGUUCCAAUGAGGUCUCUCUUUUUCAUGGGUUUUUUGACCUUGUUUGGGUCUGGAUUCGGAGCCUACAUCAUGGCCAUGGCUGCUCUGAGCCCCUGCCCUUUGCUGGUCCACAGUGUCUCUGGAACUGCAUUCAUUGUGCUGGCCUGGAUCCUGUUUGUCCUGACCCUGUCCUACGUCAAGGUGAUCAUCGGGGUGAUCCUGAGGGACGAGGGCCACAGCGCCCUCGUGUGGUGUGGAGCUGUAGUGCAGCUGGGCUCCAUGCUCGGUGCCGUAUCCAUGUUCCCGCUGGUCAGCGUCUAUGGGCUUUUCCAGUCAGGUGACGCUUGUAACACCAAGUGUCCGUCGUAGAUACAAUAUAUGUUGUAGUAGAACACUGCUGUGCAAACUCUAGCAAAACAAAUUGCACUUAUAUUAGAAGCACUGGACUCGAGUAGUCAUGAGUUUUACAUGUUCAAACUGGUAUUAAGAGAAAGAGGUUACAUGUGAUCUUUCUCCUUUCUGUCUGAGGAUUUAUUUAUAUUUAUAAAAGUAUGGCUUAAGUGCUACAAAAACAUGGAAUGACACCCGUGUGGUCACCGUCUCAGACCACAGAAGACCAAAUCUGAAAGUAUGAACGUUUUAUAUUUCGUUAUCCGUUCAGAUGUCAUUUUUACUUGAACAUUUAAUGUAAUGUGAGAGUUUGAUUUUUGCUUCUUUAAGAACUUGAGUACUAUUGGCUUUAAAAUGUGCCUUAACUCUAAACAUUGUAAAGUUAUGUUAGAUUUGUGCUUCUUUUUUUCUUCUUUUGCCAUGCAAACUUGUUUGGGUCAUUAAGUUAAUUUGUCUACGUUACUGAAAAGGAGAAACUGUUCAUCAAACCAAAUAAAACUUCUGUUUCACUGA